CACAGCAGCAACAACAAUUACGGCAGCAACAACAACAACGGCAGCAGCAGCACCAAAAGGGCAAACAAUCGCAGCAGCAGGAUCUGUUGGGCCUGCGUAAGGAGCUGGUGCAGAAGCUCGAACGCUUGCGUCUGCAACAGGAAGAACAGCUGAAUCACGAGCGCGAAAUCCAGCGACGCCAGGCGGAGUUGCGCGAGGAGCAGCAACUGCAAAAACUGCUAUUGCAACAGCAGCAGGCAAGGAUAGACAGGCAGAUUCAACAGCUGCAGGAACAGCACGAACGCGGUCUUAAGGCGCAGGCACGUACCAUUGAGAAGCUGCAGGAGGAUCGCCUGGAGCUGAAGCGUCAAUUGAAAAAUCAGGAGUUGAAUCAUCGGCUGCAACGUGAACUGAUAGCAAGACAAGAGGAGCACAAGUCUCUUCAGGUCGAAACCGAAGCUCAAACUGAAACUCAGCUUCAACUCAUAGAAGAAGCAAACAAGUCUGCUGAGCCAACGCCCCCGAAUUCACCUGCGACUGCCGAGAUGAACGGCAACGCAUCUGCCGCUGCUAGUGCCCGCAAGCCUCAUCUGCGUCCCAUAUUGGGCAACAGUGCCUCCCAGCGUCCGGCUGCAAUGAGGCAGCCAUCGACAGAGGCAGUGUCACCUGCUGCUGCUGCCGCCGCUGCUGCUGCUGCCGCCAAUAAAAGGCCAAUGCAUGCACGUGUUCAGUAUCCUGGUGCGCGUCCCACUGGCGGCUUCUCUGUCAACUAUAGAUUGAAACAACAGCAAACGGCAGUUGUUCCACAACCAGCAGCAGCAUCAACAGAGCCUUCUUCAGCAGCCGUUGAGCUUAUAACUCCCCCAGACUCGCCAGAGAAUGCAGCCAGCAACAAGAAUCCAUCUCCAACUCCAGCCACAGCAAAUAAUCAUGUGGAUUUCAAUGUGAAGCAACCGCUUGUUCAGAUUCAGCCAUUACGACCCGAUGUCCACUUUAAAUUUGAUCCCGCAUACGAUGCGAUCUCCUCGCUCAAGCAAUAUUGCGUCGUGAUGGGCUAUCCGCCGCCCGCUUACGAGUUGUACAAUGCAAGCAAAAGCAAACUGCUGCACUGCAAGGUGCGCAUUGGCGAGACCAUCUUCACCAGCUACCCGGAGGCGCAUUUCGACGAGGCGACAGCUAGGCAACGCACCUCUGAGAUAGCUGUUGAGCGCCUACAGCUGCUCGAAUCGCGCAAACAAUUAUCGAUUCAAAGCGAUAACGAAUUUCUAGAUGGCCUCUACCUUGAGCUGAUCAAGCAUCCGCAUGGCAUUCUUAGCCACAAGCUGCCGGAAUGGUAUCAGGCAAAUGUUAAGCGCCAGGUACCCAAUAACUGGUGGACUCUGAUCAAUUUGUCUCCCAAGAUGCGUAUCGAGAGUAGCGUUAAUACGCACAUUGUAUUUGCAAACGCUGACUUGCCCUUGGGCAGUCCGACUGUCCUGCAGCAGAGCAACGCGGGCCCGUUGGCAAUGCCGGAGCUGCAGCUGCCGUGGGCGGAUGGCCAGCUGGAUUGGAGCAUGUAUAUCACGCACUGCGACAACACUACGCAUGUGUGGGCGCGCUUGAUUGAUCAGAGCGCACAGUUCGAGAAGCUCACCGAACAGCUGAAUGCGCAUAUGUCGCGUCUGCAGAAUCGUCAGCCAGUGCAACAGCAGCAGCUCGUCGAGCAACAGAUUUAUGUGGUCGAGGUCAGCGAGAACUGGAAUCGUGUCCGUGUUAUAUCAUUGGACGUGGAGCAGCGUCAAUGCAGCUGCCAUUUUGUAGACUUUGGCGACGAGGUGAUCUUCAACUAUGAUAUGUUAUAUGCGUGUCCAUCAAAAUUCCUCUCACUGCCCGCUCAAGCUGUGUGCCUCAGCAUGUAUGCCCUGGACAAAUUCGAAGAGCAUCCACAUGCACUGCCUGUGCUCACAAAGGAGCUGGCCGGGCAUAGCGUUGUCACUCGUAUCAUUACCAGCGAGGCGCAGUUUCUCAAAGCUGGUGGACUUGCUCAGGGCGUUCUGCUGCCUCAGCGGGAAGUGCCUUUCGCUGAAGAAAAUGGCUGUGGUCAGUCGUUGGUGCGACAUGCCUGCAUCGUUGGCACGUUCUACGAUACGUCGACUGCGGAGGAUAUACAUCUGAACGAUUUGGUGGCCAAUCAGAUCAUACGCAACACUCCUUCACCGAUGCUGAAGCUGGAACAGAAGCCGAAUCACGUACUCGUCUCGCAUGUUAACGAUGUUGGCGAUCUGAUGGUUCAGCUGCCCAAUGAAGAUCUCAAAUUUGUACAGCGCAGCAUUGCACGGAUAAUGAGCGACAGCAGCGAACAGCAUCGCGUUCGCUACUCCGAUCUGUUGCACGAUCAAUUAGUGUGCGUAUGCGAUGAGGCUGGAGAUGGUGUUAAGCAGUGGUAUCGUGGCAUGCUCACAGCCAAACCGAAAAGUCCCGAGGAGGAAGUCUUUGAUGUGUAUUACGUUGAUGAUGGACGACUGCGCAAAACGCACAUCUCCAAUAUUUAUCGUCUGGAGGCGAACAAUCUAGCGCUUGCCUCGUAUCCAGCGCAAGCUUUGCGGGUGCGUCUGCACGAUGUGCCGCCAAUUGAUAACCAAAUGGUGGGACGACUACGCGGACUGCUGUCGCCGCAGACGCCAGUACUGCUGAAGGUAAUGGAGGGCGCCAACGAUAAGCUGCCAAUGGUCACAAUUCAUGCACGCGGUCAGGAUAGUCUGUAUUUGUGCUUGAACAGUGCGAUUCGGGUCGAAUAUGAAGUGCAGAGUACGACGCGGCUGGAACCGUUCGAUGACGGCGGCCUGCACUUUAGUCCUAGCGGUCAGCUGAUUCGUCGCAGCAGCUUCAGCUCCACGGUGUCCAGCCAGAGCAGCUGCAGCGAUCAGCCGUCAGCAGCAGUUGGCCUUGCCUCACCGCCAACAACGCCCAGCAAGGCGAAGGGCAACUCUCUUCUGCCCAUUCUUAAAGAGUACGAGGCCAUACCCGCUCUCGGUGCCUAUUUUGAGGUGCGUGUAGUGCUCUCUGUGAAUCCUAGCCACUUUGCAGUGCAGCCAUACAAGUGCUAUAAUCAGUUUCAGCGUCUGAUGAAGGAGUUGCAAGUCCAUUGCAAGAGCCCAUCAGCACAGAGUGUGUUGCCAGCACAACUGAGCAUUGGCCAGCCCUACGCUGUGGCAGAUACCGAUGGCUUGUAUCAUCGCGUAAAUAUUCGAAAGAUUUACGAUGAAAUGAUACACGUUCGGUAUGUGGACGCAGGCGACGAUGGUGUUGUGCGCUGCAACCAGUUGUUGCACCUCACACCAGAGUUCAGGGAGCUACCCAUGAUGGCUUUACCGGCACAGCUCCAUGGUAUUCAACUGACGGGCAUCGAGUGGACGCAGGAGAAUUGCGCGCGAUUCCGCAAGCUUACGUUGGGCCAGAAAUUCAUUGGCAUUGUGAGACGCGUAGACAAGCUGAAGGAUGAGCGGCGUGCGCUUAGCUUGGAGCUGAUUGAUACCUCAACGCCGCAGGAUAUUAAAGUGCACGAAACACUAAUAAGCGAGAAACAUGCGCUGCCGGCACCAUAAUCUAUAACGAUCUUCCUCAACUUACAACUCAUUUGUUUUGUUUACGUUUAUUUGUUUAAAUUAUAUGUGGCCUACAGCUAUUAUAAACAUAUA